AUGCUGGCAAGGGCACGCUCCAUUACCCUGUAUGGUCAGCCUGGUGCCCCUUCACACACCAACCGGUUCCCUCUGGCGCAGUCGUCUCAAGCUCUGACUGGAGGUGGCUUCCGCGACCUAUGCUUCUUGCUCACAACCCUGGUCCACACCCACACUUGUGACGUGCAGGGGCUAGGACCCCUAGACCGUGACGUGCAGGGGCUAGGACCCCUAGACCGUGACGUGCAGGGGCUAGGACCCCUAGACCGUGACGUGCAGGGGCUAGGACCCCUAGACCGUGACGUGCAGGGGCUAGGACCCCAAGACCGUGACGUGCAGGGGCUAGGACCCCUAGACCGUGACGUGCAGGGGCUAGGACCCCUAGACCGUGACGUGCAGGGGCUAGGACCCCUAGACCGUGACGUGCAGGGGCUAGGACCCCUAGACCGUCACGUGCAGGGGCUAGGACCCCUAGACCCUCACGUGCAGGGGCUAGGACCCCUAGACCGUGACGUGCAGGGGCUAGGACCCCUAGACCGUGACGUGCAGGGGCUAGGACCCCUAGACCGUGACGUGCAGGGGCUAGGACCCCUAGACCGUGACGUGCAGGGGCUAGGACCCCUAGACCGUGACGUGCAGGGGCUAGGACCCCUAGACCGUGACGUGCAGGGGCUAGGACCCCUAGACCGUGACGUGCAGGGGCUAGGACCCCUAGACCGUGACGUGCAGGGGCUAGGACCCCUAGACCGUGACGUGCAGGGGCUAGGACCCCUAGACCGUCACGUGCAGGGGCUAGGACCCCUAGACCGUCACGUGCAGGGGCUAGGACCCCUAGACCGUGACGUGCAGGGGCUAGGACCCCUAGACCGUGACGUGCAGGGGCUAGGACCCCUAGACCGUCACGUGCAGGGGCUAGGACCCCUAGACCGUGACGUGCAGGGGCUAGGACCCCUAGACCGUCACGUGCAGGGGCUAGGACCCCUAGACCGUCACGUGCAGGGGCUAGGACCCCUAGACCGUCACGUGCAGGGGCUAGGACCCCUAGACCGUCACGUGCAGGGGCUAGGACCCCUAGACCGUCACGUGCAGGGGCUAGGACCCCUAGACCGUCACGUGCAGGGGCUAGGACCCCUAGACCGUCACGUGCAGGGGCUAGGACCCCUAGACCGUCACGUGCAGGGGCUAGGACCCCUAGACCGUCACGUGCAGGGGCUAGGACCCCUAGACCGUCACGUGCAGGGGCUAGGACCCCUAGACCGUCACGUGCAGGGGCUAGGACCCCUAGACCGUGACGUGCAGGGGCUAGGACCCCUAGACCGUGACGUGCAGGGGCUAGGACCCCUAGACCGUCACGUGCAGGGGCUAGGACCCCUAGACCGUCACGUGCAGGGGCUAGGACCCCUAGACCGUCACGUGCAGGGGCUAGGACCCCUAGACCGUCACGUGCAGGGGCUAGGACCCCUAGACCGUCACGUGCAGGGGCUAGGACCCCUAGACCGUGACGUGCAGGGGCUAGGACCCCUAGACCGUGACGUGCAGGGGCUAGGACCCCUAGACCGUGACGUGCAGGGGCUAGGACCCCUAGACCGUGACGUGCAGGGGCUAGGACCCCUAGACCGUGACGUGCAGGGGCUAGGACCCCUAGACCGUCACGUGCAGGGGCUAGGACCCCUAGACCGUCACGUGCAGGGGCUAGGACCCCUAGACCGUCACGUGCAGGGGCUAGGACCCCUAGACCGUCACGUGCAGGGGCUAGGACCCCUAGACCGUCACGUGCAGGGGCUAGGACCCCUAGACCGUGACGUGCAGGGGCUAGGACCCCUAGACCGUGACGUGCAGGGGCUAGGACCCCUAGACCGUCACGUGCAGGGGCUAGGACCCCUAGACCGUCACGUGCAGGGGCUAGGACCCCUAGACCGUCACGUGCAGGGGCUAGGACCCCUAGACCGUCACGUGCAGGGGCUAGGACCCCUAGACCGUCACGUGCAGGGGCUAGGACCCCUAGACCGUCACGUGCAGGGGCUAGGACCCCUAGACCGUCACGUGCAGGGGCUAGGACCCCUAGACCGUCACGUGCAGGGGCUAGGACCCCUAGACCGUCACGUGCAGGGGCUAGGACCCCUAGACCGUCACGUGCAGGGGCUAGGACCCCUAGACCGUCACGUGCAGGGGCUAGGACCCCUAGACCGUCACGUGCAGGGGCUAGGAAACGCAGCAGUGUAG